UUGACCCUGACUUCGUGAACAGGAACCUGCUUCCGCCUCUAUUGGAUCCGGCCAAGUAAGCCGCGCUCCACCUCAAAACGCGGAGGAGGAGGCGGCAUUGCGGUCAAAAGCCGGGCGAAAGUUGACGGUCUGCCCUGCGGGAGGAGGAGGAGGAAGGGAGGGCCCUACUGGGCAAACCAGAAUUUGGGCUGGCAAAGGAGGAAGUGGAGAGAGCCGUAUCAGACAGGUGGGCGAGAGAGAGAGCUGGUUCUUCCCGCUGGAUCCGACGCUUCGUGUGGGAGCCGCGACGGGUAGCUCCGGGGCGCCGCGAUCGACGAGGGGGGAAGGAAGAAGGCGAAGACCACGUUGAGGCGGAAGCCCGGGGCUUUGGCUCUGUGGAAGCUUGCCGUCCUUUGGAAAAGGAAACUUGUGGGAGGCCUGCUAAGGGAGUUUGUGGAAGAGUUUGCGUAUCGUGUUCUGGAGGCUUCAAAUGCACUCGGGUCUGCAUACCUUUCAGGAGCUUACUACUGGAUUGGAUUAGUGGGCGUUUGGCUGUCUUUGCCGACCAAGUAAUCCAACAAGGAACAGGCUUAGUUCUGGUCAUCGUGGAGUAUACCUUUACCUGAAGAUUUUAAGAAAGCGUGGAAGCCUGGAAUAAGAAAUCAUUUGUAUUGCCAAUGUGUGAAGCAGGCCUAAUGCAUAACAAACUGUGUGAUGCCUUAGAAGGUGAAGAUGACAUGAUAUAUGGAGAUUUGGGAAAUGGAUUUAAAAAACAUAAUGGUAUAAAUGAAUCAGAAGGCUUCCACAAACAUACAGUUAGGUCUAGAAGCGGUUCUGCAAGAAAAAGCUUGUCAAGUGAUGGAGAAGAACACGAUGCAGUAUUUUUUCAUUGUUCAAAAUGUAACAGUUUGAAUGACGUGCCAGUCAAAAAACUUGGAAGGAAUGGAUUUGCUCCCUCCAAACCACAGGCCAGUUCUGAGUUCAAUUCUGAGGCAUCAAACGAAGAAUUAAAACAACGUCUCCAAGAAAUUUUAGAGGAAGUAGAAAUUUUAAGAGUGGAAUUAGAAGCAUCUCAAAGACAUCUUGAAGGCAAAGAACAAGCUUUAAAAAUUCUGCAGAGCAUGGCUGUUUUGGACAAAGCUACCACUCAUACUAAAGAAGUAUUUAUAAAAUCAGAGCAACAAAAGCGAGCCUUAGAAAAGGAAAUAAAUAUUCUGCAGUGGGAGAUCAAAAUUAAUCAGGAGAAAUUAAAAAAUAUAGAUGAGACCUGGGCAGAGAAAUAUGACAGAAUUUAUUGUGAAAAUGCUUCCUUUAAAGAAACACUUAAAAUGAAAACUGAGGAAAUUAAACUACUGAAGUCUGAAAAUCAACUUUUAGAGCAACAGCAUUUGGAGAUGGUGGCAAUGCUUGAUGUAAAACAGCAGAAGCUUGUUCAGGAUAAUAUUUGUCUUAGCAAGAGUGGUGUUACUGAGGUUACAAGUCUAGAAUUGGCAGUUCUUGGAGCCUGUGCUUGCAAUGGCCCUGAAGGAGUUCCCUGUGCCUGUGCCAAGAUGUCAGCAGCAACUCGAAAGCAACUUCUUCAACUCAAGCAAGAGUUUGAACUUAUGAAGAAGAGUAAAGAAGAAGCUUAUAUAAUGGCAGAUGCCUUCAGAAUAGCUUUUGAACAGCAGCUGAUGCGGAGGAAGGAUCAAGCUUUCAGGCUUGCCCAAAUGAGUAAGAUCUGCAGAAAAGAAACUAAAACAGUAAAGUGGAAAAGCAGCAAAGAUGAUGAAAAAAGAAAAAGCUUGGGAGAAAAGCUGAUAGGCAUGCUUGCUUCUGGUCCUGAGAGUAAGAAAAUAGAAGAACUGGAUAAUCCACUGGAGAUCAUUAGGACACUAACAGACCUGCUGAACGAUAAGGAGGAGAUGUUGGCUCAUCAAAGAAAGGUUAGUUAUAUGCUUGCUCGAACACUGGAAGAUAAAGAAAAUGCUUUGCAACGAAGGAAAGAAAGUACAUUUUCAGAAGAAAAGGUUACUUUUAAGAACAGUCAGUACAAACAAGACUUAAAUCCCCAAGAAUGUAUUUUUCCUGAAUGUUCGUGUUGUCAGGAUGGCUUUUCUUCGGUUCCCAAUACAAACCCCAGCAGAACGCCAACUUCUCAUUCCACAGGAUCUAAAGAAAAUAAACACCACAACUUCAAAGAGACAAUGAAUAUGAAAUAGGAUACCGCUUUUUAGAAAAAUGUAGAUCUGUGUGUAAAAAAUGACAACUUUCUUAACAGUUUGCUUCAUAAUUUAGGACUCUUAAAUGCCAUCUGUGCUCCACUGAACAUAAGGAACUUUUAAAGGAGCACCUUUAAAGGACUCCUUCAUAAAUUCCACAUCAGGAACACAGAUAAACACAAAUGCAAAAGCUGCUUAUUGAUGGAAAGCAGAAGGAAGAGCUGAAAAUAUGCAACGGUUUAUGUAUUUGUGGAAUACCUGCAGUGAACUAUAAUUCAACCUUAAUAGGGAAAUUUUACAAGGCCAUUUUACUGUUUAAGUAAUUUACAAUUUCUGGGUUGAAAAUAAUAUAUAAUUUAUUGUUGAUGGAUUGUAUUCAGCAGUCUCUGUCUGUGAACAGAAGGCCUUAUUACAUUCUUCUAAAGAUUUCCUCCAGUUUCUGAUCUCACAGAAUGCUUUGCUAGCAGAACCUACUAAUCCCCAUUCUCUUUUCUAGGCUGGCCUUUUUAUUUAGUUAAUUGUCAAGAUUGUUUCCACAGGUUAGAAAACAUUUUUUAUUCAUGUGUUCAAUGUUUUGCAUGCUAUUUACUUUUCACCAGAGUACAUUUUCUCUUUUUUUAAGACCUUUUGCUUUUUUUAAAAAAAUAGCUUCUUUUAUCAAUGUUCUUCUUCACUGGCGGAGCACUAGAAAGAAGUUCUGCCUAAAUCAAGGUUCAUUCAUUCCCUCUUAAAUUGCCUCUCCUUGCUAUUUUGUACCAUGAAAAUGGUACCUUUCACUUUCCAGAUGCAGUUAGACUUCAAGUCCUGUCAACUUCAGACAUCACAGGCUAUAUUUGUAUGUGAUGGAAAUUAAGGGUUUCAGUUCCCCAUCUUUUGAUAUAUUUUAUAGCUCAGGUUCCUUUUUAAGUAUGAGGAUUUGCAUUAAAAUCCAAUCAUUUACUAAUUUCUCUGCCGCACUGAAUGAUUGCUGAGAUGUUUUUUCCUUGGAUAAAUGUCUAGCUUAUUGAUUUUCAUUUCUUCUAGACCACAUUUUCAUAAAAUACAGAUAGGAAAAAUUGGUAUCAUAUAUCAUCCUUUGUUCAUGUAGAUCAGGGGUAUCAAACUCACGUCAUGGUGGCGUCACGUGGCAUAUCGGGACUUUUUUCCCCUUCGCUAAACCGGGUGGGGGUGGGGCCAGCACGUGAUGCAUCUGACCCCCGGGCUGUGAAUUUAACACCCCUGAUGUAGAUUGAUCAAAAAGAGGACAUAAUGGGGUUCAAUCAGAUCUUCAUAAAAAAUAAAUUGCCUUAUGCAUGUAUAUAUUUGAAAGAAUGAUUUCAUGAUCAAACAAAACCUGUUGCCUUAGGAAAUUGGAGGUCUUUUAUACAUUGAUCCACAUUGGUAGAAAAUAUUAAACAGUAGGUAUGUUAGAUUAGAACUACUUAUGUAUAAAAACACUGCAUGUGACCAUUUGUUCACCAGAUCUCUUUAAUCAGAAAGUUGAAGAACAGUAACUACCUUAUACAUGUGUGCACAAUAUAAAUUAGUGUUGGGUUCACACUGACUAUUAAGUGCAUUCAGGCAAAUGCUGCAUAUAUAAGCGAUUAGGUAAAGGUUUUUUUGCUGAGAAUAUCAAUUUUAUGGAAAAACAGUUAUAUGUAUGUAUAUUGGGUUCACAUAUUGCAUUAAGCCGUGGUUCACUUUAGACAUACUUUAGUCCAGUUUACAAGCCAUAAUAAAGGUUGAAAUAACACACUAAGAUACUGCCAGUUCAUCUCAAACAGAUAUGUAAACCCAGCCUUUUUUGAUCAUCUUUGAUUUUUUUUAUUUGAAAGUCUUGCCUUUCAAUAAUUACAUUGUAUGUGUAUAUUGUCACAGUAAUUUGAUUGAAUCUAUACUGUAAUUCUUAAAUAUUUUCUAUAAUUUGAACUAUAUAAAUAACAUUUUUUUUCUUUUUUUCUGUAAGAUAAGCUAUUAGAAUGUUUUUGGAACAGUGGCCACAUCUGAAAAUUUUAGAUUGUAUUGUGGAAAUUCUCAUCAAUUGUCAGUCUAGGGCAGAGGUGUCCAAACUUGGCAACUUUAAGACUUGUGGACUUCAACUCCCAGAAUUGCAAUUGCCCAUUCACGAAAUAUUUUCGCUGACAAGCAUGACCAAAAAUGAAUUCUGAUAUUCUAUAUCCUGUUUUAUGAUACUUCCUGUAGCCCUGAAAGCAUUCACCUCAUCUUACUCUUGAAACUCUAUUUCAAAAUAAAAUGCUGGGCCAUAGCAGCUAACAUUUUAACUUUCAGUGAAAAAAGAUCCUGAAAAUGUAGUAACUUAAGUAUAGCACAAUAUACCUCAACUUUCAAUCCAAUUGAAAAUGAGGAACCUCUGAACUAUAAAAUUCCUUUUAGAUGUAACAAUCAGAUCAAACCCAGCAUUGGAAGAGUAAUGAUCUGACUUCACUGAGACUUGUGUUCCUAGACUAACAAUUUUUUGGGCCUCUCUCUGUUAAUUUCAUCAUAUCUGAGAACAAACUUUUAUCAGUAGCCUUUUCUGCUGAAAAAUCAGUAAGAUAAAGACUAUUUCUUGGACAAAUGAUUCAUUCCUAACUGAAGAAUAUUUAAAUAUUCUUCAGUUCUGAGUUCACACAUUUAUUUUAACAACAUUAACUUUUGAAGUUUGAACUUCAGUAAUAACUUUGC